AUCUUAACUAAGGAACGUCACGCGCCAAAAGUAUCGCUGAAUCCAUGCUGAAUUGCUGAAUCUCACGGAUGAAGAAGUAAUAUAGAGCUCCUAAUAUGGCUAGCGAUAAAAAAUCAGGAAAGUCUUCAAAAGGUACGAAGUCUACCACAGAAAUAUUAUCUGAAUUUCAAAUGCUUCGCAAUGAACAAAGGGCAAUGGCCAAUAAAUUGUCAGAAAUGGAGAUGGAACUAAAUGAACACAAGAUCGUAAUUGAUACAUUGAAAAAUAUAGACCCGAAAAGAAAAUGCUAUCGAAUGACUGGAGGAGUUUUAUGUGAACGUACUGUGGAGGAUGUAAUGCCUGCAUUAGUAACAAAUAAAGAACAGUUAAUUAAAGUCAUAGAUGCCCUAAAUGAUCAGUUAACAAAAAAAGGGCUCGAAAUAAAUGAAUUCAAAGAGAAGCACAACAUUAGAAUUAGAGGACAACAGGAUAUGCAACAACGACAAGGUGAAGACAAAGAUUCCAAAGAAGCAAAAAGAAGUGCUGUAGUUGUUAAUUCACUAUUAAGCAAUUAUUCAUAAAAUCAAAAUUUUCUAUUUAUGAUACAUUUCCUGCUUACAUAUAAAUCACAUUUUGGCACUUAUUUAUUACAUCUUCAAAGAUAAUAUUGUAUUUGAAGUAUAUAAAUAUUCAAUUUUUUAAUGAUUA